AUGAAUUCCUUAAACUCAACAUUUAUGGAAAAGUUAGCUGAUGAAUUGAAAAAUGCUGACCAAAAUGAAACUGUAAACGCAAUUAUAAUUACUGGACUUGAUAGGUGCUUCAGCAUUGGAGCCGAUAUUUCUGAGCUCUCUUCAAAAUCAUUUCAUGAACUUGUACACGAUGAUGCACUUAAAGAUUGGGAUGUAAUUCCAAAUAUUCGCAAACCAAUUAUAGCUGCUGUAAAUGGGUAA